AUGAACAGAUACUUGUUGCGUGAGGCGUUGGAGGAUUUAGUAGCACGUGAAAAUAUAGAUUCUGUGCCCAUAACCGAUGCUCAAACUCGCGCUUUGUUUCUUGUCAAUGCUUUGCCUUUUAUUGGAUUUGGGUUCCUAGACAACAUGAUAAUGAUCGUUGCCGGAAAUUACAUAGAUCAAGAGCUGGGAGCAUUAUUAUGUCUAUCGACUAUGGCUGCAGCGGGUUUUGGAAAUCUGAUCUCAGAUGUGGCAGGCGUUGGACUUGCUCACUAUGUUGAAAGUGUUUUCCUUAAACUUGGAAUCAAGCAUCCUGUUCUCACUUCCGAACAAUUAGCGAGUUCCAGGGUAUGUUUCGCAAGCUAA